UUUUGAGCUUGUAUAACUUUCAAGAAAAAUUUUUGGUUAGGGUUUAUUUUUAUUUGUUCUUUGAUGGAAGGAAUGGAUCCAGCCGAGCUUCGCCGGGUGUUUCAAAUGUUUGAUAGGAAUGGAGAUGGCAAGAUCACAAAGAAAGAGCUUAGCGACUCGUUAGAGAACCUCGGUAUCUUUAUCCCCGAUAAAGAAUUAACACAAAUGAUUGAAAAGAUCGAUGUGAAUGGAGAUGGUUACGUGGAUAUUGAUGAAUUUGGUGGGUUGUAUCAAACGAUAAUGAAUGAAAGGGACGAGGAGGAGGACAUGAAGGAAGCUUUUAAUGUCUUCGAUCAAAAUGGAGAUGGAUUCAUCACGGUUGAGGAGUUGAGGUCGGUUUUGUCGUCUUUGGGGCUGAAGCAAGGAAGAACUAUAGAGGAUUGCAAGAGGAUGAUAAAGAAGGUGGAUGUGGAUGGAGAUGGAAUGGUUAAUUUCAAAGAGUUCAAGCAGAUGAUGAAAGGUGGUGGCUUUGCUGCCUUGAGUUCAAGUUAACAAAGGAAAACAAAAUCUAUAUUCUAGGGUAAUGGAAAAGAAAACGAAAAGAAAAAGAGAAAAGGAGGAAUCCUCUCUCAAGGGAUUCUCUUGUAUCAUCUUAUUGUGAGAAUUUGCAAUGUUUGAUUUUAUAAUUUGGUCACAAGCU